GUUCUGGAGUCUCCUGAGAGCCGCUGAAAGAGGAAGUGUGUCGGUGUUUCUUUCAGGGAGAGCUGCUGGAGGUCAGUGAUCUUCUGAGGAUGAAGGUGCUGGGUCUGGGUUUGUGUUCGCUGCUGGUUCUGCUGGUUCUGACCGGAAGAAGCUCAGCGCAGAUCCCGCGUCGAUGCCGAACUCCUCCGCUGCUCUCCGGAAGUAUGAGUGUGAGCGCUCGAGACGGUGAGGACAUGGUUCUGGUCAGGUACCGUUAUGACUCGUUGGGGCAGCGGAUCCGUCUGUGGGAGUUCCGGUCGUGUUCAGGUAAACCUCUUCACGUCAACAUGCUGUUCCUGUUUCAUCAGCACGUGGUCUACACCAUGGACUACAGGAACCGGACGUGUCAGAAGAACCCUCUCCACGCCCGCUUCCACCCGUCACACAUCCCCCGGAACGCCUCGCUGAUAUCUCAGGUGGUUCUGGGAGGAUCUUCAGCGCCCGGUGAAGGACUGCUGGUCAACACCUGGGCGGGAGACGUGCCCGAGACCGGAGGUAAAUACCUGGCGACGGUCACCGAGUUCGGCUGUGUCCCGGUCUCCACGCUCUACCACACGGCAGAGACCGGCUGGAUCGUCACCACAUAUUUUAAUGCGGUGAAGGGCAUCGAGGACCCGGAGCAGUUCAUUCCUCCUCCCUUCUGCUCCGACGCUGAGACUGAAGACGAGACGCUCGACUUCUUCAGCGCCUUCCUCUGAGGAAACACCCCUUUACUGGGAUUUUAAUUCUUCUAAACCAAUGAAGGUUUUUUUAAAACGCUGUUUGCUCUCUUUGUGAUUAAUGCAGACGUAAUCUAAAGCACUUUCAUCUCUUACAAAAGGGAAAAUAAACUUUUUUCUUAAACACUGAAA